ACCUAUGACGUCAGGGACGAUGAAGGGGCUUUCCCACUUCGAAAAAUACAUUCGUUGCGUAUUAUAAUAGCAUAAGUGUUGAAGAAACUUCCGUAACUUUAUGAUCAAGAAUUUAAGAUGGCAAAAAGUUGUUGAAAUGGGUACAGACAAUCUAGGGUACAAAAGAGAAGCCUCGGAACAAGAUGAUAGUGUGGAAGACCUUGUAAAUAUAACGAAAGGACUGACACUGUCCAAAAAGAAACAAGAAGACAAACCAACAGAGGACCUUAUUGAUCUAUUAGACAGUCUUAAACUUAAUGUUACCAACAAACGAGGGGGAAGCAAGUCCAACAAAAAUCACAGGAACAGUGCUGAAUUUCAAAAGAGGGGUCCUGGACAAUUUACCCCCCUAGAAACUGGUUACUGGCCCCCCAUAACUUCCACCAAGAGAGAACCAGAUUAUCUCUAUGGCAACAAUGUCAACCCGGAGUAUUCCUGGUCAGCUAUAUCAAAGGAGUAUAACUAUGCCCCUGGGAUGGACUCUAGCUGUACCAUCUGGAAUAAAGCAGCCCAGAACUACAGUCUUAUCAACCACCAAAAUAAAACGGCCCAAAAGAUAAAGGAGCUGUCCAAUAAGUACCACAAUGACCCGAACAGGUGUCAGAGAGCUGGCCAAGACUUAGAUGAACCAGAUGGAAUGACUGAUCAGGACUUGGAAAUUGAUGGCUGUGCCCCAACAAUGCCAUUAGAUAGGAGCAAACUGGAGGAUAUUCCAAUAGAAUGCCCUACACUGGAGUUGAUCAACAAUGUCAUCAGCCAAGACAAAGUGAUGUUGUCACCGUCGUAUAUUGGACUGUCCUCCCCCUCGUACCGACGGACUUCCCCGUUCUAUGCAAGCAGCCCUUCCUCUGGAUAUUCAGGGUCCCCUCCCCCUUUCUAUUCCAAUGAGCCAUCUCCAUCUUACACCCCCUCCCCCUACCCUGCCCUCUCCCCUCCCACAAUGACUCAGAUUAAUAGGUCACCACAGCACCUAGAAUCUGUCAAUCUGGACUUCCAAGACUUAGAGGAGAUCAAGAAAGAAGAUUUAGUGGGAACACAAAGGAAAACAGACAAUUUUUCACAAAAGACCACAAAACGUCCUAGCAGUGCUGACGAUGAGUCUAAACCCUCUCCUCCCAAACGUACAAAUGUUGAUGCAAUGUAUGAUAAAGAUCUGGAUGAAGAUAACAUUCUUCACUCCCUGAUGAUUGCUGGCUCCCCGGUAGAACUGGUUGAAUACGUACUUAAUCUUCUGAGGGUUGAUGGAGAAGAUGUCCUCAAGAAAAUCAUCAAUGACCAAAACAACAUGCAAAGGACUCCUUUAUUUCUGGCUGUGUUAGAGGGGAGGGCUGAGGUGGUCAAACUAUUACUGAAGUACGGAGCGGAUCCUAACAUUCAGGGGAAGGUCAUCGUCAGAAUAGAUCAGUACGAACUCCGAGCCCCUCUACACCUGGCAGCAGAAAUGGGAGAUGAGCAUCUAGAAGUACUUGAUGCUCUCAUAGACUGUGAGGAAACUGACCUUGACAUUCGUAGUUUAAGUGACAGGGUAACACCACUGAAUUUAGCCCUGAUGACCCAUAGGAGCCGGAGAAGUCCAGCCUAUCCCAGAAGCUGUAGUAAGUGUAUCAAGGCCCUAGUGGAGGCAGGCGUGGACACAGAUGAAAUGGAUGACAAGAGCAGUAAGACCCCCCUCAUGUUAGUGAUAGACACUAUGGACUUAGAUCUCAUUAAGUUUUUUCUGUGUGCGGACACAUCAACUCAGCAUGCCGAUGUCAUGUCCAAGUUACAGGCAGUGACAAGAGGUGGCGACACACCUCUACACAUUGCAGCGGGUGUUAAAAUGAAGAGCAGCAGAGAAAAACAAAAACUGUUACGAAUCCUGAUUCGACAUGGUGCUGAUGCCAAUGCUAAGAAUAACGUCAAUGAGGUUCCCAAAGAUAUUGCUACCAAUGAAGUGUGGAAGGACAUUUUCAAGGAGAGUUUUAAGUGAUCCUCUUUGCGUGACUGUUUUGGACUCCAUUAACAGCGACUUGCUUAAGUGUUGUGAUACGACAAGACCUCCGUGGAAUACUUGUGACAAGAGUCUACAACUUCAUCCUUAAAAGAGUCAGCUUUAGCAGAGCCUCACAAAUGUUGUUUUAUAUGCAAAAAGUAUUAUUUGUUUUUAUUGGAUGUGUAAAUAAUUUAUUUUUUCAGACAUUCUUGUACAUUUUUACAUUUUUUUUCUUCAUAUUUCUGUGUUAUGAAAUGAUGGUAGUUAGUUGUUGAAAUACUUUUCUUGCUUUAAGAGUCAUAUUUUAGUUAAUAUUUUAAUGCUUUUGGGGUAGUUGUCCACCAGAUGUGUGAAAUACAUUCUUUAAUUUUUUCUUACACUUCAAAGCUUUAUCAGCAAUAUGUAUCAAUAUAGGUUUAUAUGUAUAUUUUGAUCUACAUAAACAGAUUAUUUAUUCCCAUAUUAUUACCAAAUCUUUUUAACAUUUUAAACUGAUAACUGUAAAAAGUCUGUCUUUUUAAGGAUGCAGUGAAAAUGGUACUGAACAUUGUAUGCCUGUGUACAAAGUGUAAAUAGCUGUUAUGAAAAUCAUACUUUUUUAUAUAAAUUGUUGAGCUAAUUAUGAAGUACUGCUAGUGAUGUGUGGAAAAGAUGUACAGAAAAGCACAUUUUUUAAGUAUUUUAAGGUUGUGAUGGAUUUAAUACCUUUUUUUUAACAUACAGGAGAAUGAUUACAUGAAUACAGAUUUUUAGGUACAUAACUUAAACCAAAAACUGCCAUUGGUGAUUCAUAUUCUUACAUGUAUAAAACUCUUGCCCUCUUUUCUUUCGUAAGUAAGAGAUUUUUUACAUUUAGAAUAUUGAAAAACAUGUUUUUUUAAUUCAACAUUUAAAAAUUAGUUCAGUUAUAACAUACUUUAAAGAAAACAACUUGGGCAUUCUUGAUAACAUGUGAGUGCUGUGUGAUUCUAGCACGUUGCACACUGGUGUGUAAAUGUUGAUGGAGAAAUGCUGGUCAGAUCUCCACAUUUACCAAGGUCAACUAGAACUAUGAUUAACAUGAUUAACAUCACAGAUGAGACAGGGACCAAACAUCUGUCAAGUGAUGGUAUAUAACGAGGGGUUAUAUGUAAAUCUAUCAUUAUCUUCACAGACCAACAGGAAGAAUGCUCUAUAAACAUGACAAAGCCUUGAUAUUGAAUCCUUGUUGAAAACCAUUUAGUUAACUUAAUUAGUUCAAUUGGUUUUAUUUUAGAAAAAAAAAUGUUUCUGAAUUCUUAUCAAUUAUUUAAAAAUAUAUAUGUAUGAAUAUUUUAUAUAGUGCUCAGUUUACAUUUUUUUUUAUUUGUUCAUUUGUUUGCUAAAGACAAAGAAAUGGUUUAUAUCUUUGGCAUACAUUCAAUUAAUUAAUGCUUUAAAAAGAAUGAUGAAUGUGCAAGCCUAUGCAAAUGUAUAUUUGUUCAAAAAUGAGAAUUUUUUUUAACAAAAAGCUUUACAAUAAUUAAGCAUAAUGAUGUAUAUACUUAAAUAUAUUUAGAUUUUGACUUUGAUAAUUUUUUUUUUAUUAUUACAUGUAUAUUAAUUUCAUAACAAAAAGACUACAAUAUUCUUUAUGGGGUAUUUCACAUUGUUAUAAGUGUUACCUAUGCAAAAUUCUUGUGACUGUUUCGAUGUGUUUGACCCAAAGAUUUUACUUGAGAACUGAUUUCAUUCAAAUUUCUUCUACAAUUAUUCAAUUGAAAUGUUCUUUUUAUUUUCUGCAAAAAUGUUGUGUAUUUUGCAAACAGCCACUCCAAUUACUUUUGCAUAAUUUCUGAAUAUCAUUGUGAAUUUAAUUUUUGUACUUAAAAAUUAUCUUUUAUUCAUUUAAUCUAAGAUAAAUAAUAAAGUAAUUUUAACUU